CGCAGGAGGGCCCAGCGACGCCGCCGCGCCAGCUCCCAGGGCCCGGCCCCCCCCGGCGCUCACGCUCUCGGGGCGGACUCCCGGCCCUCCGCGCCCUCUCGCGCGGCGAUGGCCCCACUCGGAUACUUCUUACUCCUCUGCAGCCUGAAGCAGGCUCUGGGCAGCUACCCGAUCUGGUGGUCGCUGGCUGUUGGGCCACAGUAUUCCUCCCUGGGCUCGCAGCCCAUCCUGUGUGCCAGCAUCCCGGGCCUGGUCCCCAAGCAGCUCCGCUUCUGCAGGAACUACGUGGAGAUCAUGCCCAGUGUGGCUGAGGGCAUCAAGAUUGGCAUCCAGGAGUGCCAGCACCAGUUCCGCGGCCGCCGGUGGAACUGCACCACCGUCCACGACAGCCUGGCCAUCUUCGGGCCCGUGCUGGACAAAGCUACCAGGGAGUCGGCCUUUGUCCACGCCAUUGCCUCAGCCGGUGUGGCCUUUGCAGUGACACGCUCAUGUGCAGAAGGCACGGCCGCCAUCUGUGGCUGCAGCAGCCGCCACCAGGGCUCACCAGGCAAGGGCUGGAAGUGGGGUGGCUGUAGCGAGGACAUCGAGUUUGGUGGGAUGGUGUCUCGGGAGUUCGCCGACGCCCGGGAGAACCGGCCAGAUGCCCGCUCAGCCAUGAACCGCCACAACAACGAGGCUGGGCGCCAGGCCAUCGCCAGCCACAUGCACCUCAAGUGCAAGUGCCACGGGCUGUCGGGCAGCUGCGAGGUGAAGACAUGCUGGUGGUCGCAACCCGACUUCCGCGCCAUCGGUGACUUCCUCAAGGACAAGUACGACAGCGCCUCGGAGAUGGUGGUGGAGAAGCACCGGGAGUCCCGCGGCUGGGUGGAGACCCUGCGGCCGCGCUACACCUACUUCAAGGUGCCCACGGAGCGCGACCUGGUCUACUACGAGGCCUCGCCCAACUUCUGCGAGCCCAACCCCGAGACGGGCUCCUUCGGCACGCGCGACCGCACCUGCAACGUCAGCUCGCACGGCAUCGACGGCUGCGACCUGCUGUGCUGCGGCCGCGGCCACAACGCGCGAGCGGAGCGGCGCCGGGAGAAGUGCCGCUGCGUGUUCCACUGGUGCUGCUACGUCAGCUGCCAGGAGUGCACGCGCGUCUACGACGUGCACACCUGCAACUGCCCAGCUCCUCCUCCCUGCCCUCGGGUCUUCCCACCUGCACUCCAUCCAGCUACAGGAGAGAUAGAAGCCUCUCGUCCCGUCCCUCCCUUUCCUCCGCCUGUCCACAGCCCCUUAAGGGAAAGGUAGGAAGAGGGGUCCAGCCCCCCAGGCUGCCCAGAGCUGCUGGUCUCAUUUGGGGGCUGUUCGGGAGGUUUGGGGGGCAUCAACCCCCCGACUGUGCUGCUCGCGAAGGUCCCACAGCCCUGAGAUGGGCCGGCCCCCUUCCUAGCCCCUCAUGGCGGGACUGGAGAAAUGGUCCGCUUUCCUGGAGCCAAUGGCCCGGCCCCUCCUGACUCAUCCGCCUGGCCCGGGAAUGAAUGGGGAGGCCGCUGAACCCACCCGGCCCAUAUCCCUGGUUGCCUCAUGGCCAUCGCCCCUCAGCCUCUGCCACUGUGAACCGGCUCCCACCCUCAAGGUGCGGGGAGAAGAAGCGGCCAGGCGGGGCGCCCCAAGAGCCCAAAAGAGGGCACACCGCCAUCCUCUGCCUCAAAUUCUGCGUUUUUGGUUGUAAUGUUAUAUCUGAUGCUGCUAUAUCCACUGUCCAACGGAGUUAGACGAAUAGA